AUGGUCGCCGCGACGGACUCCGACAAACUCGCCGAGGCGAAUGGUCCGGCUGCACCACCCUCAGCAGGUCCUCCGUCUGAACGUCGAGGGUCACUGACGCUCGGGCUCGACCCGGCUUUGGCCAGCGAAGAAGAUGCCGCCGUCCUGGCCAAGAUGGGCUACAAGCAGGAACUCCGGCGCAACUUCAGCAUGGUCGAGGUGUUUGGCAUCGCCUUCGCCAUCAUGGGCCUCCUCCCUUCGAUCGCGAGUACCUUGUCCUUUUCCAUCCCGGCCGGCCCCGUCGGCCUGGUCUGGGGAUGGUUCCUGGCGUCCAUGUUCAUCUUCGUCGUGGGUUUGGCCAUGGCCGAUUUGGGAUCAAGCAUGCCGACGAGUGGAGGAUUGUACUACUGGACGCAUUACUAUGCUUCACCGAAGUGGCGAAACAUGCUCAGUUUCAUAGUCGGAUACAGUAAUACCCUAGGCCUGGUCGGUGGUCUCUGCUCGAUCGACUAUGGAUUCGCCCUCCAGUUCCUGUCCGUCAUUGUCAUCGCCCGAGACGGCAACUGGACACCGACAAACGGUGAGAUCUACGCAACGUUUCUGGCUACCGUGGUCUGCCACGGCGUCAUCGCAUCGACAAUGGCCAAGGUCAUGGGCAAGCUUCAGACCGUCUUCGUCGUCAUGAAUUUUGUCCUCAUCUUCGCUACCAUCAUCGCUCUCCCGAUCGGAGCAAAAGAUUCCCGAAACAGUGCUUCUUACAUCUUCACGCACGUCGAGAACCUUACUACCUGGCCGUCCGGGUGGGCCUUUAUGCUCUCCUGGCUCAGUCCGAUCUGGACCAUUGGCGGAUUUGAUUCUGCUGUACAUAUAAGUGAAGAAGCCGCCAACGCUGUCAAAGCCGUCCCGUUCGGCAUUCUGUUCUCCAUCGGCUCAUGCUGGCUCUUUGGCUGGAUUUGCUGCAUCGUGAUCGCUGCGUGCAUGUCUCAGGACCUCGAGCACAUCCUCGGGUCACCCUUUGGUCAGCCCAUGGCACAGAUAUACUAUGAUGCCCUCGGCAAGAAUGGCGCGCUAGGGUUCAUGUCCCUUUUAAUGAUUGUGCAAUUCCUGAUGGGUGUCUCAAUCCUCGUUGCCGCUUCUCGACAGUCCUGGGCCUUCUCACGAGACGGAGCUCUGCCAUUUUCAAGCUUCUUUCGACCCAUUUCGAAGAAAUUCGGAUACAUUCCCGUCCGCACGACCAUCGGAUGCGCUGUGCUGGCAGCUGUCCUCGGCUUGCUAUGCUUGAUCGCACCUGCAGCUGCAGCGGCGCUGUUCUCGCUUGCCGUUGCCGGAAACAAUCUCGCUUGGGGAACCCCCAUCUUCUGCCGCGUUGUCUGGGGUCAGAAGAAGUUUAGCCCUGGGCCGAUAUACACCGGCAAGCUGUCCGUGCCUAUCGCCUGGCUCGCCGUACUCUUCUUGAUCUUUGGCACGUUGCUGGCCAUGUUCCCCUCCGGUGGACCGAAUCCUACUUCGGAGACUAUGAACUACACCUGUGUGAUUAAUUCGGCAGUCUGGGGCGGCGCACUGCUAUAUUAUGCUGUAGAUGCGCGAAAAUGGUUCAGAGGCCCGCAGAUCACAAUCGACCUGGACCAACUGACGGAGGCUCAAGAGCAGGCGCUCCGAGACGAAGGCGUCAAGAUUGAGGGCGAAGGUGCCAAGGCUGUAGUAGGCGGAAGAGGCGGGAGCACAGCUAGUAAUGUUCCUGUCGAGUCAGAUCUGGGCGUGUCGGGGGAGGAGUCAAAGAAGUAG